GCCAUGGUUGCCUGUGCGAAAGCGGUGCCAAACUUGCCUGCCCUGUGAACGCUGCUCGCCGUCUCUCACCUACCGGUUUGCCCCUGGAAGGGAGGAAGAAGAGGAGGAAGAGGAAAGAGGAGUUUUGAGAGAGUCACCGUUUGCAGAUUUCAGACACGGCUUUAAAAACUUUGCAAGAGUACCCACUGCAGCAGCAGCGGAGACAUUUACAGCUGCGCGGCUGAACUUCCACCACCGGCAGCAGCAGCAGCAGCCCGAGGGGACCGGGGAGGAGGAGUCAACAGGUCCCAGAGCUUAGGAGCUGCAAUCGAUUCAAGGGGAGAUUUCCUCCGCCAAGGACAGGCAGAUUGACGUUUUUGGGGAGGUACCCUGUUUUGUGGCCUGCAUGCCGCCAGUGGUAGGAUCAAGACUAAUCCAGGGACACUUGAUUAAUGGUGCCACAGACAAAGCCCUGCAGUCUGCUCUCAGCCCGGGCCUCGGAUAGGGCUCCUCUCAAGAAGAAGGGCUCAUCCGAGCAAUCGAUGCAGGCAGUCCACCAGCCGGAAGCCCAGUUGGCCGAAGAGCGCACUACUCAAUCAGUCUGAACUGCAACACACAAAGAGCUGCUGGCGACCCACAGAGCUCUACAGGCCUUGUCUAUUACCUCGGAAACAUACUAGGCUGUUUGACUGCAAAGACAAGGAGGAAAGCUUCGCCCUGGGCAUCAUGUGAUCUGCGUAUUCCCCCUCUGAGCGCUCUGCAGAGUGAAUCUUCACUCCCUUGGAAGUGUUGCAACCACUAGCACCCCCAUCACCACUAUAAGUCACCUGUUCCUGACUCAACUUGCCCUCUGUCUGAUCUUCGCCCCUCUUCAUCUUGGAGAUAAGGACUGGCCUUGCGAGUUUCCAGCCUUCUAAACGCCUUGCGUAAAUAAGGCCUUUCAGAUCAUUUUACAAUACCAGAUAAAGGAAGGAUCUAACACUUUCCACUCUUUUUUCCUCCAUACUGAGCCUUUUUUAUCUUUUGUCUGUUGCAAUUCAACCCUUCACCAACCCGCCAGGAUUUGUGUCUUGGUGACAUCUAUAGGGGAACCAGUUUCAGGACGCAAGCACCCAAUCCAAUCUAUCAGGAUUUAACAAACUUUCACUUUGGAAUAUCUACUCAUGCAGUGCCCCUAUGGGGGAUUAAACCAGAACAGGAAUCUACACUGACUCCUCUUGGCCUUGUCAGAUUGUGUGAAGUUUUUCUUUCUCUAAUAAGUGAGAUUUACUUGUGACUGGAGGUGGACUAAGCCAUCAUGGCUGGGAAGGGCAACCCUGUGCCGGGCCCCCACCUCAACGGCUUCCCCAUGCCCACCUACUCCUACUUCUUCCCACACAUGUUAGGGAGCCUGUCGCCUCCAGCCCUGCCAGGAUUACCCAUCAGUGGCUACAGCACGCCCUCACCAGCCACACUCUUCGAUGUUCUCAGGAGUUUGGGGCCUAGUGGUGCUGCGACAAGAACAGCCACCAGGAUUCAUACGUUCACGAUAGAGACCCAGAGUACCAGCUCAGAGGAGAUAGUGCCAAGCCCGCCCUCGCCUCCCCCGCCACCCCGCGUCUACAAGCCCUGCUUUGUGUGCCAGGACAAGUCCUCAGGGUACCACUAUGGUGUCAGCGCCUGUGAGGGCUGCAAGGGCUUCUUUCGGAGAAGCAUCCAGAAGAACAUGGUGUACACCUGCCACCGGGAGAAGAACUGCAUCAUCAACAAAGUCACCCGCAACCGCUGCCAGUACUGUCGGCUGCAGAAGUGCCUGGAAGUCGGGAUGUCCAAGGAGUCAGUGAGGAAUGACCGGAACAAGAAGAAAAAGGAUGAGAAGAAGCAGGAGUGCACGGAGAGCUACGUGCUGAGUCCCGACACGGAGCAGAUGAUCGACAGGGUUCGCAAGGCGCACCAGGAAACGUUCCCCUCGCUCUGCCAGCUGGGCAAAUACACUACGACUAACAGCUCAGAACGACGUGUAUCUUUGGACGUAGACCUAUGGGAUAAGUUCAGUGAACUCUCCACCAAGUGCAUCAUUAAAACGGUGGAGUUUGCUAAGCAGCUGCCUGGCUUCACGACGCUCACCAUCGCCGACCAGAUCACUCUGCUCAAAGCUGCCUGUCUAGACAUCCUGAUACUCAGGAUCUGUACGCGCUACACGCCAGAGCAGGACACCAUGACUUUCUCAGAUGGACUCACAUUAAACAGAACCCAGAUGCACAACGCUGGCUUCGGCCCCCUCACAGACCUGGUUUUUGCCUUUGCCAACCAGCUCCUCCCCCUGGAGAUGGAUGAUGCAGAGACAGGGCUGCUCAGCGCAAUCUGUUUGCUGUGUGGAGAUCGUCAGGACUUGGAACAGGCGGAGAAGGUGGACGUCCUGCAGGAGCCUCUCCUGGAAGCUCUGAAGAUCUACGUACGGAGGAGGAGGCCCCACAAACCGCACAUGUUCCCCAAGAUGCUCAUGAAAAUCACAGAUCUGAGAAGCAUCAGUGCUAAAGGAGCUGAGCGUGUCAUCACCCUGAAGAUGGAGAUCCCCGGCUCCAUGCCGCCUCUCAUCCAGGAGAUGCUGGAGAACUCAGAAGGUCUGGAAAGCGGGGCAGCGGGCGGUCGGCCCAGCGGCGCCCCACCUGGCAGCUGCAGCCCCAGCCUGUCCCCUAGCUCCGCCCAAAGCAGUCCAGCCACACAAUCGCCGUAGUAGCAACGGCCUCUGUUUUUAGUUUUCCCCUCACGAUGCUCGUUGCCUCCUUCCUUGACGUUCUAAAUAGGAGGAGGGUGAAGGAGUUGGGUGGGGGCUUGAACCUGACUGCUAAACACAGGAAAGAGGCAACGUCCUCCUCCUCUCCUACGACACCAACCCCAUCUCCUGAUCUGCUUCUCCUCACUCUGGAGCUCUGUCCUGAUGUGAGGGGAGGCGAGGCCGGGGCAGGACAGGGGAGACCUUUGAGAGACCACACGGAAAACACUGCUGAUGACUCCUCCUCCCCCUCCUCCCCCCCUCCACUGCUCCUCUCCUCUCCUCCAAAAAUCUCAUGGAAACCAAUCUGGAUGCAACGGAGACCGGUUUUGAAUGGAAGCAAGAGCGGGUGGAGCAUCGUGGGAUGGAUGUAUGAACAAGGACAGACUCAUACAGACUGACUUGACGAACACCAGACACUUUUUUUUGUUGAACUUCGAGGCAGACUGCAAGCUUGAGACUCGAAAAAAACGAAGACCCUCCUCCUCACAGACUGCGGGUCUUUUCUCUUUUUCCAACUUAAAAAAAACAACAGAUUUCGUACAAAAAGAUAUAUAAAUAUAUAUAGAAAAAGUUAAGGAACUAUUGUGAUUGACAUGUCCGGAGGGGAACGACAGGCCGACUUGAGGACGUGUUUUCUGAAAUUAGAACUUGUUGUACUCCUUCACUGUUUCAAUCUUUUCAUACACAUUGAGAGUAUCAAGAGAGACGUUUCAGUUUUAUCACAUUUGUACAUUAUUCUAAUUAACAUGAACGCAAAAGAUGUUUCUCUCCAGUCUACACAUGCAAACAAACACACACAGACAACACACACACAAACGUGCACAGAAAACAAGUCGCAAUGAAUAUCACCGACUAUUCCAGGUUGGAUUUGUUUUCCUUUUCUUUCUUUUUUUUUGCUUCCAAGAGAAUGGAAAAAAAAUGAUUGUAUGAACUUGGUUGUAUGAUAUGGUCACAGGUCCUUUCAAGAAAUCAAAUUAAUGAAGAUUCAUUAUUAAGGUGUAUUUUAAGUAGCCUUUGAGUUUGUGUAUAUAAGCUGUAUUCAUUUCUUUAAAACUAUGAAGAGUUUUAGGCUUCACCUGAUUAUUAUUUUUUUUAAGAAUACCUUUUACGUGUUUUGUUUAUAGGUUUGUGAUGCAAGCAAAGACAUUUUUGAGCACAUUUUACUGAAGGAAGGUCUUUCAUGUUUUGUGUCCUACUAAAUACUGGACAGACUCUUAACCAAUCACUGGCUGUUCAGGAUGUGGCUGUCACAAACAAUUUCAACUUUUUCCCCCUUCUCUCUGUUCACUUUUAAAAAACCUGUUUUUCAAACCGUAGAUAACAAAGUAGCACUCCAGUCGGGGCAUAGCUUUUUUUGGCCAUGUAGCAGAAAGAGAUGGUGAAUAAUGGUGAGCUGGAUGCCAGGUGUCAAGUGAGCAGAAACAGCUCUGCUUCAAAGAGUUAAAAUGUGAAGAAUGGUGUACAUACGCACUGUAUUAAACACGAGAGAAUCUCUGUCAUCUCUGAAUGGAUUCAUAAUCUGUACUGGACGAGAAAGGACUAGAAUGUAGAGACCUCUGUGCUUCGUCGGUAGUCAGACAAGUGAAGGUCCCAAAUGUGAUGUUGGUCAACCAAACCCGCACAGAUCCCCCAGAAACCUGUGGUAGAAACAAGUAUGUGACUUUUCUGCUGACUCCAGAGCAAACCUCACACCCUGUGACUCACUUUUACGCCAAAACGCCUUCACCGCUAACACAUGUCAUCUAAAACCAUCGUUACUGUACACACGCCAAUGUCUCAGGAAGGAAUCAUUUUGUGUGCUUGGCCUGUUCUUUGUAUUUGUUCUGUGCUGCACCUCCUUACCCCUCCUGACACGGAUGCACAAACACACACACAAUUCUGCUACUGAGCCCCUGAGUUUUUCUCCAGUCACUUCAUUUUUUUUUUUUUUGUCAAACCUGGCAGACCAGGACUUGUGCAAGAGAGACCUCGAACCUGACCCCCCCCCACCCCCCCCACCCCCCUCUGCAAACGUUACGACAUAGAAUGCCAGUGUGGAGUCUCUCUGAGUCGUUCUUCAUGUGUUCAUUUUUAUUUGUACGGUCAAAGCUGCUUUUCAUCAUUUUUACAGUAGGACUUCACCUGUCCAGAACAGCGCACAACUUUUCCCUCCACCGCUAAUCUGGAAUAGCAACAGACACAGCGUCAGUUUGAGAAGUAUGGAAUAUGUUGCAAUUUUUUGUCAAGAUUAUCAAGCAACUUUGGAAAAAAAAAGAAAACAACAAAAAAAGAUCAAAAAUAAAACCAACAUUUAAUAAUUAUGAAAUGUG